UUAUGUUUGAUGCGCUGCCAAUAACUCAUCAUUUUGUCACUAUAUUAUAUACUCACUAAUAUAUUUAACCACUCUUCUCUUCUCUUCUCUUACGCUUACAUUUACACACACACUCUCAUAGUCAUACACUUGUUUUUCUCUUCCUCCUCAAUCCUCACUCUACCAAACCAAACCAAAGGAACAAGAUGGAUUUGAUAACAAAUGUUACUGAGUUUGAAGCAAUUGCUAAAGAAAAAUUGCCAAAGAUGAUUUAUGAUUACUAUGCAUCAGGGGCAGAGGAUCAAUGGACUUUGAAAGAGAAUCGAAAUGCAUUCUCAAGGAUUCUGUUUAGACCACGUAUUCUAAGGGAUGUAAGCAAAAUAGACUUGACAACAAAUGUAUUAGGCUUCAACAUAUCAAUGCCUAUCAUGAUUGCUCCUACGGCCAUGCAAAAGAUGGCUCACCUUGAAGGAGAAUACGCUACUGCUAGAGCAGCAUCAGCUGCUGGCACCAUCAUGACACUAUCCUCAUGGGCUACUUCCAGUGUUGAGGAAGUUGCUUCAACAGGACCUGGCAUUCGCUUUUUCCAACUCUACGUGGUUAAAGAUAGAAAUGUGGUUACUCAGCUUGUGAGAAGAGCUGAAUCUGCCGGUUUCAAGGCAAUUGCCCUUACUGUGGACACUCCAAUGCUUGGUCGCAGGGAGGCUGAUAUUAAAAACAGAUUUACAAUGCCACCACACCUUGUAUUGAAAAACUUUGAAGGAUUGGAUCUUGGGAAGCUGGAUAAGACUGAUGACUCUGGUCUAGCCUCUUAUGUUUCUGGCCAAGUUGACCGAUCACUCAAUUGGAAGGAUGUGAAAUGGCUCCAAACAAUCACCUCAUUGCCAAUUUUAGUGAAGGGUGUACUCACUUCUGAAGAUACUAAGUUGGCUAUACAAGCUGGAGCUGCUGGAAUAAUUGUUUCGAAUCACGGUGCUCGCCAACUUGACUAUGUCCCUGCAACUAUUACAGCUUUAGAUGAGGUUGUGAAAGCUGCAGAAGGAAAAAUUCCUGUUUUUCUGGAUGGUGGAGUCCGUCGAGGGACCGAUGUUUUUAAAGCACUUGCUCUCGGAGCAUCUGGUGUAUUUAUUGGAAGACCAGUGGUGUUCUCAUUGGCUGCUGAUGGUGAAAAUGGUGUGAGGAAAGUACUACAAAUACUUCGCGAUGAGUUUGAACUAACUAUGGCACUAUGCGGUUGCCGUUCACUCAAGGAGAUAACUCGCAACCAUGUUGUGACAGAGUGGGACAGUCCGAGAGUUGCUCCCAGGUUAUGAGAUGACAGACACAACUCCACUUGUUCACCUAUAUAUGAUGGCUGGAUCCUGAGAAGAAGUUACACUUCAUGAACCUUAUAAUAAUAGGAAUUGUAGAGAAAUCUUUGUUCGUAUCUCAUGUUUCUCCUCUCUAUAUAAAACUUUGUUUUGCACAAUAAGCCAUGAGUGAUUCAUACGAAACUGCUACAUUUUUGUUCAUUAGAAACUUUUUGAAAUGCAUGAGAUUUGACGCCAA